AUGAAAACAGUUCAAAAUCCAACUCAAUAUUUCUUUGAGCAAUCAAAUAAUCCAUCUACAGAAUAUUUACCAAAAAUAAAUGAAUUUGCUAGUAAGUUGUUAAAUCAAAAAUAAUGUGUUUUAUGCAAAAAUGAUUAUAAUAUGAAGGAUAGAUUGCCAAGAAUAUUGAUACAUUGUGGACAUACAAUUUGUACUGCUUGUCUCACAAAUUUUUAUAGGUAAUAAAUGUUUAUAUUCUAAAUAAUAGAAAUAGAAGGGUUAGAUGUCCAUUAUGCUUAAAAUUAAUAAAGCAUCUUGAUUCUGUUGAUAGAUUACCUGUAUGAUAUUGUAUCUAAUAGUUAGAUCAAUCAUACAAUAUUCACAAGAAUGUCUGAUGAUAUUAAUAAUAAGAGUAAAUUACAUGGAGGUACAGAAGUUAUAGAUCCAUAACAAUACUUAUUCACUUAGUUUCAAUAAUCAGCUUUGUAAUCAUAAAAGGCAAGAUAAUAAUAAUAAAAUACUUAUCCAUAAGUUGAUCCAGACUCAGGCUUAGAGUUUUGUGAAUUUCACACAGACAGAGUUAAACAUUUUUUUUGUAUGAAACACAAAGUUACAUGUUGUAGAAUUUGUUCUGAAAUGAUUCAUUAAAAGAAAGUAAUCAUGUAAUAUAAGUAGGAUUGUAUAGUAGUAGAUUUAUAUGAGAUUGAUGAUGUACCUUAAUUUUUGAAAGAAGCUUAUUAACUCAAUGAAGAAAAUAAUAAUAAUCAGUAAUUGAAUUAGAGAAGAGAAGAUAUGGGUUUUAUAUAGGAUUGCGAAUAAAGUAAGAGUGUUUAAUAAAAUAGAUGAUGGAGAGAAUUAAUUUAAUGAUGAUGAUCUGGAAGAUGAAUUUGAGGAUAAUAGUAUUUAAAGUAUCUGAG